AUGACGGAUACUAAUUGGAAACAAAAUUUAAAUCUUCCUCCAAAGGACACUAGGCCCCAAACUGAAGAUGUGUUAAAUACAAAAGGCAAAUCGUUUGAGGAUUUCAAUUUGAAGCGAGAAUUGCUAAUGGGAAUAUUUGAGGCAGGUUUUGAGAAACCUUCACCUAUUCAAGAAGAAUCUAUUCCUAUGGCAUUAGCUGGUAGAGAUAUACUUGCCAGAGCUAAGAAUGGUACCGGUAAGACUGCUUCAUUCAUUAUUCCUUGUUUACAAUUGGUGAAGCCUAAAUUAAAUAAAGUGCAGGCUUUAAUAUUGGUGCCAACUAGAGAGUUGGCGUUACAGACGUCCCAGGUUGUUAGAACAUUGGGUAAACAUGUAGGCACCCAAUGUAUGGUCACCACCGGUGGUACUUCAUUACGUGAUGAUAUUGUUAGAUUGCAUGAUCCUGUUCAUAUAUUAGUUGGUACUCCUGGUAGAGUAUUAGAUUUGGCAGCAAGAAAAGUCGUUGAUUUAUCGGAAUGUCCACUUUUUGUGAUGGAUGAGGCUGACAAGAUGUUAUCAAGAGAGUUCAAGGGUAUUAUUGAGCAAAUUUUAGAAUUUUUCCCUCCUAACAGACAAGCAUUGUUGUUUUCAGCAACUUUCCCUCUUGCUGUAAAGUCAUUUAUGGAUAAACAUUUGACCAAACCUUAUGAGAUCAACUUAAUGGAUGAGUUAACCUUGAAGGGUAUUUCCCAAUUUUAUGCAUUUGUUGAGGAGAAGCAAAAAUUACAUUGUUUAAACACUUUAUUCAGCAAAUUGCAAAUUAAUCAAUCGAUUAUUUUCUGUAAUUCGACCAACAGGGUUGAAUUGUUAGCCAAAAAGAUUACUGAGUUGGGGUAUUCAUGUUACUACUCUCACGCAAAAAUGCCUCAGCAAGCAAGAAAUAAAGUGUUCCAUGAGUUCAGACAAGGUAAAGUUAGAAAUUUGGUCUGUUCGGAUUUGUUGACCAGAGGUAUUGACAUCCAAGCUGUCAAUGUUGUUAUUAAUUUUGAUUUCCCAAAAACGGCGGAAACUUAUUUGCACAGAAUAGGUCGUUCCGGUAGAUUCGGUCAUUUAGGUUUGGCAAUCAAUUUAAUGAGUUGGAAUGAUCGAUAUUCAUUGUAUAAAAUUGAGCAAGAGUUGGGCACUGAAAUCAAACCAAUUCCUGCCACUAUUGAUAAAUCUUUAUAUGUUGCAGAAAAUGCCGAUGCUGUUCCAAGACCCUUUAGAAUUGAUGAAUUACCAAAAGGUAAUGAAACUGUCCAUAAUAAAGGAUAUCAGUAUAAAGGCCAACCAGUGAGUGAUGAAAAACUGGGUCCAUCGAGUCAGCAGCAACCCCCUCCUCCACAACAGCAACAGCAGCAACAACAAUCAGCCUCGCCUCCUCAACAACAACCAAAUCCACAACAUCAAUUUGCUCAACAUCCAAAUGGUCAGUUUCCACCUUAUCCACAGCAAUUCCACCAACCAGGAGUUAUUCCCCCACAACAAUUCAAUGGAUACCCUCCUUAUCCACAAUAUCCUCCCCAAUUUGCUGGUUACCCAGGUCAACCUCCACAACCCCCACAAGCUCAACAACAACGUGCCCAAGCACAAAAUCCUGCUCAACAAUAUUAG